AUGGAUGCAAUAGUUACAAAGAUGGAGGAGACUCUUGAAAGAAAAAAGUCAAUAGUUUAUAUAGUUGAAAAGAGAACCAAUGCAAUCGAUUACAUAAGAAGAAUUCAUGAGUCGGCCUACUAUCAACAAAACUCUAAAUCACCUCUACAUUGGAUGAAUGUAGCAAACAUUCAAAAGAUUGAUUUUGAAAAGAGUAUAGAUAUACAAAAGAGAUUGAUAGGAUGGUUUAGUUUAGGUUUAAGUUUAGCACCACUACUAUCAACAGAUAAAGGACCAGCAUUUGUUAGAGCAUUGGUACAACUCAUGGAAGAAUAUGACUAUCAGUUUGAACUUGGAAGUGCAAUGCAAGGAGUUAAAGUAUUGUUGGCAAAGAAACAACAAUCACAUACAGUGGUCAGUGAGAAUGAACACAUCAAGAGUAAGAUUGUAAAGACAGGUAACGCUGUCAUUUAUGAAUUCCUCAAAGUGUUCAACAUAUCAAUUGCCAAGGAUCUAGAUUACUUUCACGUUGUCUUUAGUCUAUUGGAGAUACUAGAGCAAAUCUAUAAAAAGUUUGACAAGGAGACAUGCUCUAGUAAAUAUGUAUACGAUGCCAUUCUAAAGAUUGACUCGAGACUAAAACAUCAAAUAUUUGGCUUCCUUUCCAAAGAGAUUGACAAGAUGGCAUCACAAAUUAUUCGCGAACAAUUAGAGUUUAUAAAUCUUUGUACAACCUCUAAAGAUCCUCGUGAUAUGUCUCAACAAUCAAAACUAUCAUCCUCAUCUUCUUCAUCAUCAUCUACAACCACCCCUGUUGCUACUCAAACCACUGCGACCCUUUCCUCUUCCUCUUCCUCUUCAUCUGCUGUUGCCUUAUCAAACUCAUCAUCAUAUAAUCAAAAUAAUAAUGCUCCUAGUUUUAGUAGUACAAGUGAUAAAAGUAUUGGUUCUUCUGAUUAG